CCCCCUGGUGACGCAUUAUCUGGUGGUCACAUAAUUCUGUGUUAACGCGAGAGCUGCAGUGCAGCCUGAAUCGAGGACAUGGGACCUUGAAAGUAUGGCGGAUGCCGAGGAGCCGGAGAAGAAAAGAAGGCGAUUAGAGGACCUGACUGAGAAAAUGGCUGUUGACAGUGGACACAGGGAUAGCGGUUGCGACUGGGAUGGUCGCUGGAAUCAUGUGAAGAAGUUUUUGCAGAGGCCGGGCCCUUUCACCCAUCCCGACUUCGAGCCAAGCACAGAGUCUCUGCAGUUUUUAUUGGAUACAUGCAAGGUUCUGGUCAUUGGUGCAGGAGGACUUGGGUGUGAACUUCUUAAAAAUCUGGCCCUGUCUGGGUUUCGCCUCAUUCAUGUGGUUGACAUGGACACCAUUGAUGUUUCAAAUCUCAACAGGCAGUUUCUUUUCAGGUGCAAAGAUGUUGGAAGACCAAAGGCAGAUGUGGCUGCUGAUUUUAUCAACAGUCGUAUCUCAGGAUGUAAAGUUGUCCCUCACUUUAAAAAGAUUCAAGACUUUAAUGAUUCUUUCUACAGGCAGUUUCACAUCAUUGUCUGUGGACUCGACUCCAUUAUUGCCCGACGCUGGAUAAAUGGAAUGCUGAUAUCUCUCCUGAGUUAUGAGGAUGGAGCCUUGGAUCCCAGCUCCAUCAUCCCCCUCAUCGAUGGGGGGACGGAGGGCUUUAAGGGAAAUGCUCGUGUCAUCCUGCCGGGCAUGACUGCCUGUAUUGAUUGCACACUGGAACUGUACCCACCACAGAUAAACUUUCCCCUGUGUACCAUUGCUUCAAUGCCGAGGCUGCCAGAACACUGCAUUGAAUACGCCAGAAUCUUACAGUGGCCCAAAGAAAGGCCAUUUGGAGACACGAGUUUAGACGGAGACAAUCCAGAGCACAUCCAGUGGGUUUUUGAGAGAUCCCAAGAAAGAGCAGCAGAGUUUAACAUCACAGGAGUGACAUACAGACUCACGCAAGGAGUUGUGAAGAGGAUCAUUCCCGCUGUGGCAUCAACUAAUGCUGUUAUCGCCGCUGCCUGUGCAACAGAAGUCUUUAAAAUUGCUACAAGCGCAUAUAUUCCCUUGAAUAACUACCUGGUCUUUAAUGACGUGGAUGGACUGUACACCUACAACUUUGAAGCUGAGAGAAAGGAAAAUUGUACAGCAUGCAGCCAGGUACCUCAGGAUCUCCAGUUCCCUCCUUCUGCCAAAUUACAGGAGGUUUUAGAGUACCUGACAGAGACAGCCUCCUUACAAAUGAAAUCACCAGCCAUCACCACAACCCUUGAAGGAAAGAACAAGACUUUGUAUCUGCAGUCUGUAAAAUCAAUCGAAGAACGCACAAGGCCAAACCUUUGCAAAACUUUAAAAGAGCUGGGCUUGUCAGACGGUCAGGAAAUAGCUGUUGCCGACAUCACCACUCCCAAGACGGUUCUAUUCAAGAUUAAUUUCACCGCUUGAACAAAUAACACAUUAAACCGCGCUGACGCAUCUGAAUGCAAGCUAGAUGUUUGAUCACUGCGUUUUUCUGCUCUUACAGUUGCACAUUUGACAUUAGGACGUGAAUAAGGCGAGUGAGGUCUUACUUGCGAGACAUCAUGUUGUUUGUGUUAUCUAAAUAUGGAAUCAAAUGACAUUGUUUUUGUAACAUUGUUUAUUUCUUUAUUUGUCCAGUGCAGAUUCUUGUUGUAUCCAGUUUCUUAUCAUUUGAGAAUAAUAAUGUAUGUAAACUCCAGUCUAAUAAAGUUUUAUUAGUAGAAA